CGCCUUUGCUUUCAACCAGGAGUAAAGGCGGCCGCAACCUCUUCCGCCGAGGCGUAGUGUUAAGGGUCACGCAAGAUGGCGGCGCCCAGAGGCUGCUGAGGCGUGGAACGGAGGAUGGCGCUGGUGGCGUUGGUGGCCGGGGCUCGGCUGGGGCGGCGGCUGAGCGGGCCGGGGCCGGUGCGAGGGCACUGGACGGCGGCCGGGCGCUCGCGGAGCCGGCGCGAAGCGGCAGAGGCCGAGGCGGAGGUGCCCGUGUUCCAGUACGUGGGCGAGCGCGCUGCCCGCGCCGAUCGCGUCUUCGUGUGGGGCUUCAGCUUCUCGGGGGCGCUAGGCGUGCCCUCCUUUGUGGCGCCCAGCUCCGGGCCCGGGCCCCGCGCCGGCGCCCGGCCGCGCCGCAGGAUCCAGCCCGUGCCCUAUCGCCUGGAGCUGGACCAAAAGAUUUCGUCUGCUGCUUGCGGCUAUGGAUUCACACUGCUGUCCUCUAAGACCGCGGAUGUUACGAAAGUCUGGGGGAUGGGACUCAACAAAGAUUCUCAGCUUGGAUUUCACAGGAGCCGGAAAGAUAAAACAAGGGGCUAUGAGUAUGUGUUGGAGCCCUCACCCGUCUCCCUGCCUCUGGACAGACCUCAGGAGACACGGGUGCUGCAGGUCUCCUGCGGCCGAGCUCACUCUCUUGUGUUGACUGACAGGGAAGGAGUCUUCAGCAUGGGAAACAAUUCUUAUGGGCAAUGUGGAAGAAAGGUGGUCGAAAAUGAAAUUUACAGCGAAAGUCACAGAAUCCACAGAAUGCAGGACUUCGAUGGCCACGUGGUCCAGGUUGCCUGUGGUCAGGAUCAUAGUCUGUUCCUGACGGAUAAAGGAGAAGUCUAUUCUUGUGGAUGGGGCGCUGAUGGGCAAACAGGUCUGGGUCACUACAAUAUCACCAGCUCGCCCACCAAGCUAGGUGGAGACCUGGCGGGAGUGAACAUUAUCCAAGUUGCCACCUACGGUGAUUGCUGCCUGGCCGUGUCUGCCGACGGAGGACUUUUUGGUUGGGGAAACUCGGAGUACCUGCAGUUGGCCUCUGUCACUGACUCCACACAGGUGAAUGUGCCCCGCUGCUUACACUUCUCAGGAGUGGGGAAGGUGCGACAGGCUGCAUGCGGUGGCACGGGCUGUGCAGUGUUAAACGGAGAAGGACAUGUUUUUGUCUGGGGCUAUGGAAUUCUUGGGAAAGGUCCAAACCUAGUGGAAAGUGCCGUCCCUGAAAUGAUUCCACCCACUCUCUUUGGCUUGAGGGAGUUCAACCCAGAAAUCCAGGUUUCCCGCAUCCGAUGUGGACUCAGCCACUUUGCUGCACUGACCAACAAAGGAGAGCUGUUUGUAUGGGGCAAGAACAUCCGAGGGUGCCUGGGAAUCGGUCGCCUGGAGGACCAGUAUUUCCCAUGGAGGGUGACGAUGCCUGGGGAGCCCGUGGACGUGGCGUGUGGCGUGGACCACAUGGUGACCCUGGCCAAGUCAUUCAUCUAAACCUCCCUCACCUGCUUCAGUGGCCCCAUCCCGGGAACCACUGGCACUCCUUGGCAGAGGCCAGCGUGUGGCCAGCCCCCCGGGGCUCUUGGAUGGUGGUGGCGGAGGACCCUGCGUGCAGUGUGACGCUCUGUCCUGAAUCCCUUAGCAGGUACCUACCAGGAGGAUCGGGGCAAGGUCCCUCUCCAGCUGCAGGUGAGGCCUGCGGAACUCAGCACGGGACGGCAGCCUUUGGUGGGCCGCUGUGGCCCACGCGUCUCUGCUCUCUCCAAGUAACAUGCGACGGUGUCCGGUGUCACGUCUGGCCUGAGAAGCCUGUCUUAGGAAAGCUUAGCUUGAACACAGUGCUCAGGUUCCUCCUCUGUCUGUCAUGGCAGUCUCUUGGUUUGUGUCUGGCCAAGGCCAUGCGUGUGCCUCGGACCGAGCCCCAGCUUAGGCGAGGGAGUCAGGCUGGCUUCAGCCCUCGGUUUUCAUUCAAGCCACCCUGCUUAUGGCCCUUCCUGGCCGCCUGCCACACCGCAAGCUCUCUGGGGGGACACUAGAAGCACCAUGGCCUGGGAUUCCAUCUGGAGCUGUCCGCAGGCGCCAGCCCCAGCCUCCCACCACGCUCACUGCCUGGCUUGGAAAAGUUAAGAAGCCCCUCAGGAAGAGAAUCGAGGCCAAGUUCCUGUGGGCCGAGGGCCCCGAGCACAUCCGCCAAGGCUCAGCUGCAGUGCCAGGCGGAGGAGGGAGAUCCAGAAAUUGUGAACAACGUUUGAUUUAGUAGCGUGACUUGCCUUUCCCUUUAAAAACAUCUUUUACAAAUCUGUCUUGGAAUAAAGUCUAUUUUCUGCCUUUUGGUUUUUAAGCUCUGAA